GCGGCAAGAACCGCCUCGCGCACCCUACGGGCCAAAGAGGGCCCCGCAGACAGACGCGGAAUUCUGAGGCGGCAAGAGCGUGAUGGCGGCGGCAGCGACGGCGGCAGCAAGGCUGAAGUGGGAAGCGACUCCUCGCUCCACCGGGUCUUCCUCUCUUCCCGUGGUGACCGAGAGCCUAGCAGUGACGACGGCAGUCCCCUGGCUAGGAGUAGCGCUGCGGUUGUUGGUUGCGCUGCUUCUCAACGCGGCCCGGGCCGACAAAGAAGCUUUUAUCCAAUCUGAUAGCAUAAUAGAAGUCCUACGCUUUGAUGAAGGAGGCUUAUUACAGACUGAGACAGCUAUUGGCCUCAAUUCAUAUCAGCAGAAAAGUGUAUCUAUGUACCAAGGAAAUUGUAGACCUAUUCGGUUUGAACCACCAAUGCUGGAUUUUCAUGAACAGCCGGUUGGGAUGCCAAAAAUGGAAAAAGUUUACUUGCAUAAUCCCAGUUCAGAAGAGACUAUUAUAUUAGUUUCAAUAUCUGCAACAACGUCACACUUCCAUGCUUCUUUUUUUCAAAAUAGGAAAAUUAUCCCAGGAGGAAAUACAUCAUUUGAUGUAGUUUUUCUUGCAAGAGUUGUGGGAAAUGUAGAAAACACAUUAUUUAUUAACACAUCUAAUCAUGGGGUAUUUACUUACCAGGUGUUUGGUGUAGGAGUACCAAACCCUUACAGACUACGCCCUUUUAUAGGAGCAAAGGUUCCUGUGAACAGCAGUUUUUCUCCUAUAAUAAAUAUACACAAUCCCCAUAGUGAACCUUUGCAGGUAGUAGAAAUGUAUUCAAGUGGGGGUGAUCUUCAUCUAGAGCUUCCAACUGGCCAACAAGGAGGAACAAAAAAACUAUGGGAAAUCCCCCCCUAUGAAACUAAAGGAGUAAUGAGAGCAAGUUUUUCUUCAAGAGAAGCAGAUAAUUACACAGCCUUUAUUCGAAUACAAACAAAUGCCUCGGAUAGUACAGAGUUCAUUAUUCUUCCAGUAGAGGUAGAAGUUACAACAGCUCCAGGAAUUUAUUCAUCAACAGAAAUGCUAGAUUUUGGUACUUUAAGAACACAAGAUCUGCCCAAAAUUUUAAAUCUGCAUUUGUUAAAUUCAGGAACAAAAGAUGUUCCAAUAACCAGUGUUAGACCCACACCACAAAAUGAAGCUAUUACAAUCCAUUUCAAGCCAAUUACAUUGCGAGCUUCUGAAAGUAAAUAUGCCAAAGUUGCAACUAUUAGUUUUGAUGCAUCAAAAGCAAAACGACCUGCACAAUUUUCGGGAAAAAUAACUGUGAAAGCAAAAGAGAAGAGCUAUUCAAAACUUGAAAUUCCCUAUCAGGCAGAAGUAUUGGAUGGCUAUUUGGGAUUUGAUCAUGCAGCAACAUUGUUUCAUAUUCGUGACAGUCCAACAGACUCUGUGGAAAGAUCAAUCUACUUAACAAACACAUUCAAUUUUGCAGUCUUCAUUCAUGACAUAAUACUUCCAGAAGAAAUCAAAGCAACAUUUAAAGUUCACAACUUCAGCAAACCAGUUUUAAUUCCAUCAAAUGAAUCCAGAUAUAUUUUCACCCUUUAUUUUGUGGCUUCGUUAUCAUCUUUCCACAUUGAUAACAAUAUUCUGCUCAUUACCAAUGCCUCUAAAUUUCAUCUACCUGUGAGAGCAUACACUGGGUUUUUAGAUUAUUUUAUAUUACCCCAAAAACCUGAUGAACAAAUAAUUGACUUUGGUAUAUUAAGUGCCACAGAAACUAGCACCAUUAUGUUUGCAGUGCUUAACAGUAACCCAAUUCAGCUUUUCCUAAAAAGCUGGAAUGUGAUAGGUGAUGGUUUGACCAUAGAACUCCUAGCUGCUGAAAAAGGGAACAGAACUACAAUAAUUGCUAGUCUUCCAGACUUGGAAAAGGCCAGUAUAUUGGAUCAAACUUCAGUAACUUUGAUGCCUGGUUCAUACACUGUAUUCAGAGUAAGAUUAUUACCAAAAGAACUUGAAGGGAUCCAUGAUGGAGCUAUACAAAUCACAACAGAUUAUGAGAUUUUAACAAUUCCUGUGAAGGCUGUCAUUGCUGUAGGCUCUUUGACUUGCUCUCCAAAACACAUUCUGCUUCCACCUUCCUUUCCCGGCAAGGCAGUUCAUCAAAGUUUGAGUCUUAUGAACUCUUUCUCACAGAAGGUAAAAAUACAGCAGAUCCGAUCAUUAUCAGAAGAUGUUCGGUUUUAUUACAAGAGAAUACGAAGUAACAAGGAAGAUCUAGAACCAGGGAAAAAAUCCAAGAUAGCAAAUAUUUAUUUUGAUCCUGGUUUACAGUGCGGAAACCACUGUUAUGUAGGUUUGCCUUUUCUGAGUAAAUCUGAAUCAAAAGUACAGCAUAGUAUAUCAAUGCAAGAAGAUGCAUGGGAUUCAGAUUGGGACUUGCACGAUAAUUUAUUCAGAGAAUGGACUGGAAUAAGAGAUUAUUCAGGCAAUCAGCCGAGUGCUGUAUUUGAAGUGGACACAGAUCUUCAAAAGGCUGUAACAUCCAAAAUCACAGCAGAAUUGGCCUGGCCCUCUUUACUUGGCUCACAGCACCAAUUGGAUUUCUCACUUACCAAUACAAAUGGCUCAUCUGAAGAAGAAAUUGUUCUAGAAAAUCCAGCAGAUGUUCCCAUUUUUGCUCAGCUUCUUCCCAUAGCACUGUAUUCUAAUCCAUCAGUCUUUGUAGAUAAGUUACUUGACAGAUUUAAUUUAAGUAAGACAGCAAACAUCAAUCUGAAGACACUAGAAUUUCAAGUUUCUAGAAAUUGUGGUCAGACAUUGCACAGCUCCACGGGAUUUACAGAAGGGUUGUCUCGGCAGUCAGUUUUAAAUAUAAUUUUAAAGCCUGGUGAGAGGAAAUCUGUUAAAAUAAAAUUCACUCCAGUCCUUAAUAAAACUGUUUCAUCCCUAAUAAUUAUCAGAAAUAAUUUAACAGUAAUAGAUGCUAUAAUGGUUAAAGGACAAGGAACAACAGAGAGUGUGAAGAUUGCUGGCAAAGCACCUGGACUAGCUAGCUCAUUGCGCUUCAAAAUCACCGAAGCAUUGCUAAAAGACUGUACUGAAAAAACAAAAUUAAGAGAACCAAAUUUUACAUUGAAAAGAACAUUCAAAGUGGAAAAUACAGGACAGCUUCAACUUAACAUAAAAUCCAUGGAAAUCAGCGAAUAUUUAUGUGAAGGAUAUGGAUUUAAAAUAGUUAAUUGUCAAGAAUUUGCACUAAGUGCCAAUGCCUCUAAAGACAUUGUCAUAUUGUUUACACCAGAUUUCACUACUUCCAGAGUCAUUCGUGAACUGAAACUAACAACAGCAGGAGGUUCAGAAUUUAUAUUUGUAUUAAAUGCAUCUCUUCCCUAUCAUAUGUUAGCAACUUGUGCAGAAGCUUUGCCCAGGCCAAACUGGGAGUUGGCACUGUACAUAGUAGUCUCAGGAAUAAUGAGUGUGCUUUUCCUUUUGGUAAUUGGAACAGCCUAUUUAGAAGCUCAAGGAAUUUGGGAACCAUUCAGAAGGCGCCUUUCCUUCGAAGCAUCCAAUCCUCCUUUUGAUAUGGGAAGGCCAUUUGAUCUCAAGAGAAUACUUGGAAUUUCGUCUGAUGGAAACUUGAAUGCCCUUGGAUCGGAGUCAAAUCACAGCUCUUCCAGAGGAAUCUACGGACCAGGAAGUUCCUCAUCACGAUCCAGUGCAGGAAGUCAUAAGCAAUGUAACCCAUCAGUGAAUCUACACAGCAAUAGAAAUUCAGUUGAAGUUGAUAAUAUGAAGUUUAAAAACAGUUCUAGUGUUGCAAACAGAACUUCUAUGCAGGCAGGUUCUGCGCAGUCUGUGAACAGAGCAGGUUCUGUCUGCUUGGAUUCUAAUGCUAUAACUCAGAAUCAUGCAGCAGGCAGGAAGUCCAGGAGUACAAAACAAAAUUUGCAAUCAAACCAGCAGCACGCUCCAGUCCUGCUAGAGCAACAUUUACCAGAGCUACCAGUGGUAUCGCAGCAACAAGAGCAGCAGAGUGAAAAUUCCUCACCGCAGAUGCAGCAUCCCACACCUUCACACUCAGAAUGUGCUAACAACACAAGGCAUAGCUCAGAAGACUCUGACAUUGCCACUCUCAUAGAGACCAUGGAUAAAGACUUUGAUCACCCAGAAUCACCUUCUCCAGAUGUAUUUACAGAGCAACCGCCCUCUCCAGUAGCAAAAAACAAAGGGAAAGGAAAAUCAUUUCAGCGAAAAUCGAAGCCCCCAAAGAAGCGUGAAGAAAAGGAGCAGAGAGGGAAGGGAAGGCAACAGGAGGAUGAAUUGAGAGAUGCUCUAGCAGAUGAUGACAGUUCUUCGACUACAACAGAAACUUCAAACCCAGAUACUGAAGCCAUUCUGAAAGAGGAGCCAGAAAAGCAAAAGGGGAAACAGUUAAUACCAGAGAAACAGGAAAAUGAAAUACAUGUAAAGCAGAAAAGCAAAAAAUUAUCAAUGAGCAAGAAAGAUGCUCCAACAGAUUUGAAGCCGAGUUUCUUCGAGGCAUCAUGUUCAUCAUUGGAAAUUAAACAGCACAAAAACUUUUCAUCAAAGUUAUCAGCACAGCAUACAUGCACAAAUGGACUCAAAUCAAGAAACUUCCAGAAAACAAAAGGUACAAGCAUGAAAAUGAUGGAUAGCCGGCCACCAUCAUUAGCAAAGUUUUUCUCUAGUGGCUCUGGUCAAGAAUUAGGUAAUACCAGCAGUUCAGAAGGAGAAAAAGAUUCACCACCGCCAGAGUGGGAUUCAGUGCCAAUUCACAAAGUAGGCAGCUCUACUGACAACCUUUAUAAGUUGUCCCUGCAAACUCUUAGUGCGGAUGCUUUUCUGAAGCAAAGACAGACCUCACCAACAUCCGCCUCUCCUUCUCCACCCCCUGCAUCAUUGGCCUAUGUCUCACGGAGUAGUUACAGCAGUAUUGUGAACAACUGCAAAGAAUCAAAAAGCAAACUGCUUAGUGGUGCCAAGCAUAAGGUGACAAAGGCAGCCUCUCUCCCUGGCAGGAAUGGAAAUCCUACUUUUGCUGCUGUGGCUGCUGGUUAUGAUAAAAGCCCAGGUGGCAGUGGCCUAGCAAAGGCUUCACCAGUUAAAGCUGAGCCUUCUGGCUGUAGGAACAUUUCACACACAGCUGUUGACAGCGAUGGCUCUGACAGUUCUGGUUUGUGGAGUCCUCUUAGCAAUCCUAGCAGCCCAGAUUUUACACCUUUGAACUCUUUCUCAGCAUUUGGAAACUCUUUUAAUUUAACUGGAGAAGUUUUCAGCAAACUUGGAGUGUCACAGUCUGUUUAUGGUCAGGAUGCUCAGCGAAACUGGAAUGAGUUUAGCAAUGUUCCUUCCUCCAUCUGGGAUUCUUCAGCUACAGAUUUCAUACCUUCCUGGCCCACAAGUUCAGGAUCCCCAACUCACACAACUUCAUCUAUCCUUGGCAACCCGAGUGGCCUGUGGUCUACGACUACCACUCCAUUCAGCAGUUCCAUCUGGUCAAGCAAUUUGAACAAUUCCCUUCCUUUCAACACUCCAGCUCACCAUUUGCCGGGUAUUGACCUUGGGAGUGAAAACAACCCUCCAUCCCCUGUUACUGCUCCCACAGUAAACAGUUCUGAAGAGUUGGGACAAGCCUAUAAUCCUUGGCUAAUUUGGAGUCCUGCAAUUGGGAGAAGAAGCUCGGAUCCUUGGCCUAAUGUGCACUACCCAUCUGAAAAUUGAAAUUAAGCAAAAUAAAGUGACUGUAAUUAUUCAGAUGCGAUCAUGAUAAAUUCUGUAACAUGCCUGAAACAUUCACAAGCCAUUUGUUCCUAUUCUUUCUCUUUGUUCCUCCCAAUAGAACCAUUAAAGUCAAAUCAUACAAUCAUCACUUGUUCCUCUUAAAGUUUGUCUCGCAAUUAUGGUAGUGUGAAACUGCUGAUCUGAUUGGAGAGUCUGGAUGUGCGGCCAACAAAAUCUGUUCCACUGUGACCAUGGUUCUAGCUUUUUACCAUCGACUGUUUAAGUUUUUUAAAACUUGCUAAGUUAAAAAAUACAGUGAUUUUCAUCUACCAUGCUUGAUUUAAAUUUUUUUCCAGUAUUAUGCCCCCAAACCUAAUUUUAAGGAGCAUCUUGUGCUAAAAAUGCAGAGUAUUUUAAAAAAAUAAAGCUUUGUUAAAAGACUCUAUGAAUGUAAAAACCUUAGGAGCAAAAAUGGCUGAAUCUAAGAGCAUUCUGUUCAAACUAUACAUUUUAUGUGUCUGUUUGUACAUUUGUAAACAAUGCAUUUUUAAGUUGAACAAUGUGCAUAGCCAAUACUUGUGGAUGACACAAGAUUCCUUGUGCUUUUUUACCAAUACAACUUUGAGUUGUACUUGAAAAAUAAAUAAUGCUUUUUUU